GUUACGAGCUGCAUGUUCUUUACGUGCAUGCUUCAUAAUUAAAGCUCCCAACAACCCUCUAAGCAAAAUUCUGCAGCAUCUCUGGAAUACUGCCUGAGAAUUUCGGGGUGCCAUGUCGAAGAAACGCAAAUGGGAUGAUGACUAUGUUCGUUACUGGUUCACCUGUACAACAGAGGUUGAUGGAACUCAGCGCCCACAAUGUGUAUUGUGUAACUCGAUAUUUUCAAAUGCUGACCUCAGACCAUCAAAAUUGUCUGACCAUUUUAACAGACAGCAUGGUGGUGUAGGUGGGCAUGAUCUCAAUAGCCUGAAGCAUAUGCCAACACCAUCUGAUCAGAGUGAAACCUUGAAAACAUUUGGAGUUACAUCUCAUGAGGAUGCCUUAUUACAAGCAUCAUAUCAGUUUGCAUAUUUAUGUGCCAAGGAGAAGAAUCCCCAUACAAUAGCUGAAAAAUUAGUAAAACCUUGUGCAUUGGAAAUAGCACAAAUAGUUUUGGGACCAGAUGCACAAAAGAAGCUUCAGCAGGUACCCUUAUCAGAUGAUGUGAUCCAUUCUAGAAUUGACGAAAUGAGCCAGGAUAUCUUACAGCAAGUUCUAGAGGACAUCAAAGCCAGUCCUCUGAAAGUGGGUAUUCAGCUUGCUGAGACAACGGACAUGGGUGACUGCAGUCAGCUAAUGGCAUUUGUACGAUACAUAAAAGAAAGAGAGAUCAUAGAAGAAUUUCUAUUCUGUGAACCAUUGCAGUUAACAAUGAAAGGAAAAGAUGUGUUCAAUCUCUUCAGAGACUUCUUUUUGAAGCAUAAGAUAGCACUUGAUGUAUGUGGCUCUGUUUGUACUGACGGUGCCUCUUCUAUGCUGGCAGAAAAUUCAGAAUUUGUUGCCUGUGUGAAAAAAGAGGCACCUCACAUCGUGAUCACGCAUUGUUUGUUGAAUCCUCAUGACCUUGUCACAAAGACCUUGCCUACAAAACUGAGAGAUGCUCUGUUUACUGUGGUGAGGGUAAUAAAUUUCAUCAAAGGACGCGCUCCAAAUCAUCGCCUCUUUCAGGCUUUUUUUGAAGAAAUUGGAAUCGAGUAUAGUGUCCUCCUUUUCCAUACUGAAAUGAGGUGGCUUUCCCGAGGUCAAAUACUUACCCAUAUUUUUGAAAUGUAUGAAGAAAUAAAUCAGUUUCUUCACCACCAAAGCAGUAACUUAGUUGAUGGCUUUGAAAAUAAAGAGUUUAAAGUUCACUUAGCAUACCUUGCAGAUUUAUUCAAACACCUGAAUGAACUUAGUGCAUCUAUGCAAAGGACUGGGAUGAACACAGUAUCAGCUAGAGAAAAGUUAUCUGCUUUUGUUAGGAAGUUUCCAUUUUGGCUAAAGCGAAUUGAGAAAAGAAAUUUUACCAACUUUCCUUUUCUUGAAGAAAUCAUUGUUUCAGAUAAUGAAGCAGCAAGCAUUGCAGCUGAAAUAACAGUGCACCUGCAACAGCUGAGCAACUUCUUCCAUGGAUAUUUUUCUGUUGGAGAUCUUGCUGAGGCAAGUAAAUGGAUACUGGAUCCGUUUCUUUUUAAUCUGGAUUUUGUCGAUGAUGGUUAUUUGAUGAAAACUGAUCUUGCUGAAUUACGAGCUAGUGGCCAAAUCCUAAUGGAAUUUGAGACAAUGAAGCUUGAGGAUUUCUGGUGUGCUCAAUUCACAGUGUUUCCAAGCCUGGCAAAGACAGCUCUAGAAAUCCUUAUACCAUUUGCAACUACAUACCUUUGUGAGUUGGGAUUUUCAUCACUUUUACAUUUUAAAACAAAGUCCAGAAGCUGCUUUAAUAUGAGUGAUGACAUUCGUGUGGCUAUUUCAAAAAAAGUUCCUCGUUUCUCAGACAUCAUUGAACAAAAGCUACAGCUACAGCAGAAGUCACUGUGAGCUGAUACAUUUUUAAUGUAUAAUUUUUAAUAUAUUCUUAAUUUCAUUGUAAAAUUAAGCUAUAAUUGUGUCUCUUUUAUAUUUAUGGCAUACCAAAUCCCAAGAAAAAGUUUAGCAUGUGUAACUUUUAAUUUUCACAGUUUUGAGAAUAAGAACACAGGCAGCAGAAAAGAUUAAAUACCACCUAGUGGAUACAUAGAAUUCUUCUAAGUAUCUGUUGAAGCUGUUGAUGUGAUACGUAAAAAGACACACAAGCACUAGAAUAUCCACCUAAGUGGUACAGUAGGCUAGGAAUGGAUCCCGGAGAAGAGAGAAGAUC